UUAAAGACAUUGUCUCACAGCCAUCGCGACCCUCUAUACAGCAGCGCACCUCUCUUGCGAAAGUCAGGCUCUCGAGUCGCAAUUCUUCGCACGAUGCUUGCGUGUUUCCCCCAACGGAGCCGCGCCCCUGUGGGGCCUGACGCCGCGAAUGACGAGUUUGCUGCAUGGGCGGGCGCCCGUGUGCUAUUGCUGGACGACACAGGCAACCUGCACAGCGUGUACCGGCCGCACACGGAGCUUACAGGUGGACUGUGGGACGUGAUGGCAGGCCUGCCCAGCCUGGUGCCGCCCGGCCCCAUCGCCAUGCUGGGGCUGGGUGCGGGCAGUGUGCCGCGCAUCAUCGCCGCACACUACCCCACCCGAGCUGCAGGAGCAGGGGCAUGGAGUGCAGCAGGUGGCGGCUAUGUGGUGCAUGGCUGGGAGUUGGACCCGGAGGUGGUGGCGGCGGCGCGGCGGCACCUGGGCAUGUCGCAGCUGGAGGCGGCGGGGCAGCUGGUGGUUCACGUGGGUGACGCGCUGUCGCCGGCGGCGGCGGUGCCGGGCGGCUUCAGCGGCAUUGUGGUGGACCUGUUCGGCGGCGGCAGGCUCCUGCCACAGCUCACAAAGCGUGCCGCAUGGGAGGACAUCCGCAGCCGCCUGUCGGACGGCGGCGCCGGCAGCUCCACCCCCAGUGGCAGCGGCAGCGGCUGCUGCUGCCGCCUGCUGGCCAACCUGGGCCAGAGCCCGCCCACCACCCCCGGCCAGGCGGGGCGCUGGCAGCCCGAGGCCUACACCACACUGAGGGCGUACGAGGCGCUGGAGGCGGCCUUUGAGGGCGAGGUGUCGCUCAUGACAGUGGGCGGCAACACCCUGGCGCUGACGGGGCCGCUGCCGUCACCGGAGGAGUGGCCGGGGCGGCUGCCGGCGGCCCUGAGGGAGCAGCUGCUGUUUGGUCUGGACGGCUGUGCUGCGGGCGGUGCAGGGGGCGGGGGGCCGCAGGGCGGCUGCUGGGCCCGAGACGUGUACCCGCUGCAGCGGGUGGUGGUGGACCUGUCGCUGUGGUGAGGCGGGCGGGCGGGGCCCAUCGUCACCCAGCA